AUGUCUUCUUUGACAAAGCUGCUGCAGGAGAAGAACAACAAGGAGGUGAAGACCGAGCCGACGAUCAGGGAGGAGUCUGUGGGCGAAGCUGUGGGCGAAGCUGUGCCGUACUAUGAUGGGCGGAGUGUGCUGGGGUCCAGUCUUAUGAGCACGAAUUUUGCACAGACGGCGACGGCGUAUGGGUCGAGCUUGCAGAUGAAGGAGCGGGCGUCGUACAUGGACAAGCAUGCGAACGGGAGCCUGCAGUACGGGUACAGCUCUUCUCUGGCAGUUCCUACUAAGAACGGUGGGAAGAUGCACUCCUCGAGUGCGAAACAGUUGCCCUCUCUGUCAACCAGUAUACCGUAUGCGGUUCCCAACUCGAAUAAGGAGUCUACUCACAACGGCAGCGUCGGCUCGUCGCUGUCCUCGUCGUGGGUUGACCAAUACGGCGGUGGUAUGCCAAGUAACAUAUCUGCCAUUGACUCUAAUGUGAUUAGCUCUCCCAAGGUGGACAACGUAGAACCCAGAUUUGUAAUAUCGAAGGAGAAAUUCCAUAAGUCAUCGCAGGACAACCAGGCACACACGGUGUCGAGGUCGAGCUCGUUGUCCUCACAACUGGGAAACCUCUUCUUUAGCAAGAAUACAACGACUAACAAUGGCAGCUCCUCACCUGGCAACUCUUCAUCUAUACAGACAAUUAAUGGUAGGGAUAUACCGAAUGCAACUGCUACGCAGAUUCCGAAGCCAACAAGGGCUAGGCAGAGUAGUAUUUACUCUUCUUCAAGGCAGCCUUCUCGGUCAUCCUAUAAUGACACCUAUUUUGGUUCCCCGUCAUCCUUGCAUGAAAAUCAACCGAGUCAAAGUGUGCCCAGAUCGCAUCAUUCCUCUAUCGCAGAUUUCAAAAGAUUUUUCAAAAAGUCUACUAGCACCAGUGUCACUUCCAUGUCCAUGCUUUCUGAUUCGCCUGUAUCGGGAAGCUUUAUCACUGGUGAUUCCACUCUCGGUACACAACAUACACAACAAUCGCAUGGUUUUAAUUCAGAGUCAUUGCAUAAGCAGUCUUCUUUUAGUAGCAAUAGUGGGGAUAUUAUAUACACUAAUAAUUACGAAACAAGCAUUCCAUUCUCGAAGAGAUACUCUAGGACAGGUGAAGAACUUGGUGCUGGCGCAGGUGGUUCUGUGAAACUGGUGAAAAGAAUAGCAGAUAAUUCGGUAUUUGCCGUCAAGGAGUUCAGAUCAAAGCAUGAAAACGAAAGCAAAAGAGACUACAUUAAAAAGAUUACUUCCGAGUAUUGUAUAGGUACUACUCUGAAUCAUCCCAACAUUAUUGAAACUGUUGAGAUAGUAUAUGAAGAUAAUAGAAUAUUUCAAGUAAUGGAGUAUUGUGAUUACGAUCUAUUUGCUAUUGUUAUGAGUAAUAAAAUGUCUUACGAGGAAAUAUGUUGUUGUUUCAAACAAAUUUUAUGCGGUGUACAAUAUCUGCAUAGCAUUGGUUUGGCUCAUAGGGAUUUAAAGUUGGAUAACUGUGUAAUCAAUUCUAAGGGUAUUGUGAAGUUGAUAGAUUUUGGUGCUGCUGUGGUUUUCUCAUACCCAUUCUCUAAAACAUUGGUUGAAGCAAGCGGAAUUGUUGGUAGUGAUCCUUAUUUGGCCCCUGAGGUUUGCAUAUUUACAAAAUAUGAUCCGCGUCCCGUAGAUAUCUGGUCUACUGCAAUAAUAUUUGCUUGUAUGAUUCUAAAAAAAUUCCCUUGGAAAAUACCUAAGUUGAGGGACAACUCCUUCAAAUUGUUUUGCUCAGGUAGAAAUUGUGACUCUCUUAGUGCACUUGUUACUCGUACCCCUGAGCCACCUUCAUAUGAUAGUUCUGAAUUUUCGCCAAGUAAGCCAAGUCAUUACGAUUCUGCGAACUCUGCUGACCCGGAGAACAGUAGCAUUGGUCCACAGAGACUUCUGCAUGCCCUCCCCGAAGAAUCUCAGCAUAUAAUUGGUAGAAUGGUAGACCUGGCACCUGCUUGCAGAAGUAACAUUGAAGAAGUACUAGAAGAUUCAUGGAUUAAGAGCAUUGACAUGUGCCAUAUGGAAUCUAAUGGUUUAGUUAUGAAAUAUGUAGGUGGGACCGACCACACGCAUACACAAGUUGAUCAAAGUGAAGCCCAUAUUGCCGGACUAGAAAAGAAGAAGAAGAAAGCAAAAAAUAAAGACAAAUAA